AAGCCAGAGGAGCUAGAUGCCUUACAAGCCUGAGGACACCAGAUAAACAGACAGAAAGCUCUCCUUGGGAACUGGCCGCCAAGACCUCGUUAGGAAGCUUGCGGCGAGAACAUAGCUCCUGGAGAACCUCACGUCUCCUAGGAUGAGGUUGCUCCUGCCACUGAUUUUCCUGGCCCACUGGGGAGUGGCCAGGGCUGAACCAGGGAAGUUCUGGCACAUCUCUGACCUGCACGUCGACCCUGAUUACAAAGUAUCUGAAGACCCCUUCCAGGUAUGCCCAUCGGCUGGCUCCCAGGCGGUGCCCAACUCGGGCCCCUGGGGUGACUACCUCUGUGACUCUCCCUGGGUCCUCAUCAACUCCUCCAUCCACGCCAUGAAGGAGAUCGAGCCGGAGCCAGACUUCAUCCUCUGGACAGGUGAUGACACACCUCACGUACCCAAUGAGAGGCUGGGAGAGGAGGCCGUGCUGGACAUCGUGGAACACCUGACCAUGCUCAUCAGAGAGGCCUUUCCAGAUACUAAAGUAUAUGCUGCUUUGGGAAAUCAUGACUUUCACCCCAAAAACCAGUUGCCGGCAGGGAGCAACAAUAUCUACAAUCAGGUAGCAGAACUGUGGAGACCCUGGCUCAGUAAUGAAUCCAUCGCUCUCUUCAAAGGAGGUGCAUUCUAUACUGAGAUGUUGCCAGGGCCGAGGAGGACUGGGCGAAUUGUGGUCCUCAACACCAAUCUGUACUACAGCAACAAUGAGCAGACGGCCAGCAUGGCUGACCCUGGCCAGCAGUUCCAGUGGCUGGAAGAUGUGCUCAGCAACGCGUCCAGAGCUGGGGAAAUGGUGUACAUUAUUGGCCACGUGCCCCCUGGGUUCUUUGAGAAGACACGGAACAAGGCGUGGUUCCGGGAGGUCUUCAAUGAGAAGUACCUCAAGGUGAUCCAGAAGCACCACCGGGUCAUCGCAGGGCAGUUCUUCGGGCACCACCACACCGACAGCUUUCGGAUGUUCUACGACGACGCAGGUGCCCCCAUCAGUGCCAUGUUCCUGACCCCCGGGGUCACCCCGUGGAAAACCACACUACCUGGAGUAGUCAACGGGGCCAACAAUCCAGGCAUCCGGGUGUUCGAAUACGACCGAGCCACACUGAGCCUGCAGGACAUGGUGACUUACUUCAUGAACUUGAGCCAGGCUAACCAGCAAGGGUCAGCGCGCUGGGAACUCGAGUACCGGCUGACGGAGGCCUACGGGGUGCCCAACGCAAGCGUCAGCUCCAUGCACGCGGCGCUGGGCCGCAUCGCCAGAGACCAGGGCACACUGCAGCGCUACUAUGUCUACAAUUCGGUCAGCUACGACAAAAGGGUCUGCAGUGAGGCGUGCCGCGACGAACACGUGUGUGCGAUGCGCGAGGUGGCCUUUGACGCGUACACCGCCUGCCUGCGAGCCCUCGGGACUGCUCCGACGUGCUCGCUCCCGCUCCUGCUGGCGGCGCUGUUCGGCCUGUGCGCGCUGCUCGGGCGGUGACCUUGGGCGCCGCCUAACGGAUCGCUGGGUUCGCCUUCCUCUGGGUAAAUUGGAGCCCGCGCCACUCACUGAGGUCUGGACUUUUCCAGUUUCCCGACGUCCACAGAGUGGAGGAUGGGAUAGCCAGGACACGAAAUGCAGCCCAAAGACCCUACCGCAAGCACAUUUCUUCCAAGUUUCACGUUUUUUAUGUAAAAAAAAAAAAGCUCAUUAUGCAUCUUA